AUGCUCUCGGCAACUGCUCUCAAGCACCUCGGCACAGCACGAACCACCCUGUCCAGCAGCACAUCCACCGCCGCCGCCGCCGCCGCCAGCAGCACCCGCCUCAUGAGCAACACGGUCCGUCCCUCGCCGGUGCCGCUCGUGGUAUCGCCUAAGUAUCUCUCGCCGCUUCUCCAGGAUGCCUCGUCCUCCAACGCAGUGAGGGUGCUCGAUGCCACUUGGUUCAUGCCAAACGUCCAGAGAAACGCGCGCGACGAGUUCCAACGCGGCCCACGCCUUCCGGGAGCCCUAUUCUGGGACGUGGACAAGGUCGCCACCACCGGCGAGACCGUCAGAAACCUCCCGCACAUGAUGCCCACAGCAGAGGUAUUUGCACAGGCCGCGGGAGAGCACGGCAUCUCGAAGGACACUCACGUCGUCGUUUACGACACACAUGGCGUCUUUUCUUCGCCAAGGACGGCCUUCACAUUCAAGGCCUUCGGCCACCCCAAGGUGUCGGUGCUCAACGGCGGCCUGCCCGCCUGGAUCGACGCUGGUUUUGCCGUCGAGGAGGGCCCGGCCAAGGAGCAGACUACGCCGGUCGAGUACCCGGUGCCAACCCUAACUGAGGGCAUGGUGCGCUCAUUCGAGGAGAUGGUCGCCAACGCUAGGCAGGGCGCACGCGGCCAGACGGUCUUUGACGCUCGUCCAAAGGGACGAUUCGACGGCACAGACCCGGAGCCCCGCGCCGGCCUGUCGUCAGGCCACAUUCCUCACUCGCUCUCGCUCCCCUUUUCCACGCUGCUCAACACCCAGACCAGCAGCAAGGAGGCGGGGAAGAAGUACACGACGCUCAAGGAUCAGGUGGAGCUGUGGAGGGUGCUCAGCGACGCGGCCGGCGGCAUGGAAGCGCUCGACAAGCUGCGACAGGGCUCGAGCGGCGGCGAGCUGUCGGCUACCAACACGUGCGGCAGCGGCAUGACGGCUGCGUGCAUCUGGCUCGCGCUCCAGGAGGUUGGCGUGCAGAGCAGCAUCUAUGAUGAGAGCUGGACGGGCUGGGCGAGCAGGGAGAGCGAAGGCGUGCCGAUCGACAAGACGCCCUCGGACGAGUAG